CCCCGGCAGCAACACACACCUUGGGCCUCUCUCCUCUUGAGCCUGCUCUCUCUGUGUCUGCCUGCCACCCGCUGCCGCCACCAUGACCACCACCAUCCGCCAGUUCUCCUCCAGCUCCAUCAAGGGCUCCUCUGGCCUGGGGGGCGGCUCGUCCCGCACCUCCUGCCGGCUGGCUGGCAGCCUGGGCGCCGGCUCCUGCAGACUGGGGUCUGCCGGUGGCCUGGGCAGCGCCCUCGGGGGCAGCAGCUAUUCUAGCUGCUACAGCUUUGGCUCUGGUGGUGGCUUGGGUGGUGGCUAUGGCAGUGGCUUUGGAGGUGUCGAGGGGCUGCUGGUGGGAGGUGAGAAGGCCACCAUGCAGAACCUCAACGACCGCCUGGCCUCCUACCUGGACAAGGUGCGUGCCCUGGAGGAGGCCAACGCUGACCUGGAGGUGAAGAUCCGCGACUGGUACCAGAGGCAAGCCCCGGGGCCUGCUCGAGAUUACAGCCCCUACUACCAGACCAUUGAGGACCUGAAGAACAAGAUUCUCACAGCCACUGUGGACAAUGCCAACAUCCUGCUGCAGAUUGACAAUGCCCGUCUGGCUGCUGAUGACUUCCGCACCAAGUUCGAGACAGAGCAGGCCCUGCGCAUGAGCGUGGAGGCCGACAUCAACGGCCUGCGCAGGGUGCUGGACGAGCUGACCCUGGCCAGAGCUGACCUGGAGAUGCAGAUCGAGAACCUCAAGGAGGAGCUGGCCUACCUGAGGAAGAACCACGAGGAGGAGAUGAACGCCUUGCGAGGCCAGGUGGGUGGCGAGAUCAAUGUGGAGAUGGACGCUGCCCCCGGUGUGGACCUAAGCCGCAUCCUGAACGAGAUGCGCGACCAGUACGAGAAGAUCGCAGAGAAGAACCGCAAAGACGCCGAGGACUGGUUCUUCAGCAAGACGGAGGAGCUGAACCGCGAAGUGGCCACCAACAGCGAGCUGGUGCAGAGCGGCAAGACCGAGAUCUCCGAGCUCCGGCGCACACUGCAGGCCCUAGAGAUUGAGCUGCAGUCCCAGCUCAGCAUGAAAUCAUCCCUGGAGGGUAGCCUGGCAGAGACAGAGAACCGCUACUGCGUGCAGCUGUCCCAGAUCCAGGGGCUGAUCAGCAGCGUGGAGGAGCAGCUGGCCCAGCUGCGCUGCGAGAUGGAGCAGCAGAACCAGGAAUACAGGAUCCUGUUGGACGUGAAGACCCGGCUGGAGCAGGAGAUCGCCACCUACCGCCGCCUACUGGAGGGCGAGGACGCCCACCUGCAGUUCAAGUCCAGAGAACCCGUGACCACCCGCCAGGUGCGCACCAUUGUGGAAGAGGUCCAGGACGGCAGGGUCAUCUCCUCCCGUGAGCAGGUCCACCAGACCACCCACUGAGGACCCUGGCCAGCCUGGCCGACCCCUGCCGGGGGUGGGGCCCCCAUCAGCCCUGCAGCCUCCAGUACCCCCGGCCUCAGCUUCCGGCUUCAGUCCCUUUCCCAUCCCCCUCCCUGAUCAAUAAAGCUUGUUGACU